UUUCGGGCCAGGAGUGCAGCGUCCUGCGGGCUCAACUGAAGAUGCGAUGCAAGUCCUCGAGCAGCAGGUCCAUGAGAUCUAUCUCAAAAAAAAAAGCAGGUCCAUGAGAUGGACAUUUAUCCGGCUGAUCCGGCCGGGGAGGCCAGCACGGGGCAAGGCAUCUCCGGAGUUGGUGCCAGCACGCUCUCGUACAACGGCUGGGCAGCCGCAGAGGGCCAGUUCCAGGCUUGCGGCAAAUAGAAGUUCCAUUCGGGUGUCGAAGCGAGGCCAACAUCGCCUCAUCCGCGAGCUCGACUUCGUCAAUCCAGAUGUGCCAGUGGGGGAGGAUGUUGUAGCGGCCUACGUCAGCACCUACAAGGAGCCGCUGCCGGGCAAGGCCGUUAAGGCACUGCGCUCGGCGACCAAGCUGGACUGCAAGCCAAUUGCAGCAGCUCUGAAGGCUGUUGCGGCAGGAGGUGGAGCGAGUGCAGGGGAGCCCUGAGCGGCCUGUCUCAUGUUUAGUUGUUCUCUAGUGUUAUCAAUGUUAGUUGUUGUUCUCUAGUGUUAUCAAUGUUAGUUGUAGCAGUGCAGUUGCAAGACGUCCUCAAGCUGGUUGUGGUUGAGUUAUUCUUAGACUGUUCUCUAUUGUGGGAUCGGGUUUGCCUUCCGAGGGGGAGCAUGCUUUUGGGGAUUUUGGUUGCUGCUCUCCCAUCGGGUCGGCGGUUGGCUGGUGCUUUGUGUCCUCAGUUUAUCUGGUUAGUAGCGUUGCCUUUUGCUGAA